AUGGCUUCCAACACCAACCAAAUGUCGCCUUUGCGGCCCGUCACUCGGCAUAUCACAGGCCACAAUGAGGCCGGGAGAGCAGUGAUCCAUUCCUCGACGCCAGCUGAGUGGGAAUCACUUGAAGAAAGCAAGAUGGCAUUCAAUGUUGUUUACACGACCCAAUUCCCUCCAGAUCUCAACAAUGACGCGGAUAUCAAGACCCACGAGACAUUGGCACAAUCGAACGAGCUGGGCCUUGUCAACCCUGGUGGAACUGUAUGCCGAAUUGUGGACUUCGCCCCGGACAACCUCGUUGUAGUGCACCGGACUCAGAGUCUUGACUACGGUGUUGUGCUCGAGGGGCAGGUUGAAAUGGUCUUGGAAGACAGCGAGCCAGUCAUAAUGAACCGAGGGGAUGUUGCAGUACAGAGGGCCACGAUGCAUGGGUGGCGCAACACCAGCAAGACGGAAUGGGCCCGUCUUCUGUUUGUGCUGCAGGAUUGCAAGAAAUUGACGGUGGCUGGGAAGGAAAUGGGAGAAGAUCUGGGACUUGCGACUGGAAUACUCAAGCCGAGUGGCAAUGAUCAGAAUUGA